AUGUCUUGCUACGACCUGGUCUCCAGCUCUGCAUGUGGUGUUGCUCGCCCCCAGCCCCUUGCUGACACCUGCAAUGAGCCAUGUGUCCGCCAGUGCCCUGAUACCACCACUGUGAUCCAGCCACCUCCAGUGGUCGUCACCUUCCCCGGCCCCAUCCUCAGCUCUUUCCCCCAGGAUUCAGUUGUGGGAUCCUCUGGAGCACCCUUCGUUGGGGGCUAUGGAGGCCUGGGAGGCUAUGGCUCACUUGGCUAUGGGGGCUAUGGAUAUGGGGGCUAUGGCUCCCUGGGCUAUGGAGGUCUCUAUGGCUAUGGGGGCUAUGGGUCCCUGGGCUAUGGUGGUCUCUAUGGCUAUGGGGGCUCUCUGGGUUACAGGGGACUGUAUGGUAGAUCCUAUGGGUUUGGCUCUUGCAGCCCUUACUCCUACUGGCACAACAGGUACCUCCGUGGCAACUGCGGCCUCUGGUAA